GGAUACUGCCUCGAAGAUGAGUGAUAUACGCGACUGGAGACCGUUUGUGUACGGCGGGAUGGCAUCGAUAAUGGCCGAAUUUGGAACGUUUCCCAUCGACACAACUAAAACUCGUUUACAAAUUCAAGGCCAAAAGACUGAUCGAUCACACAGCGAGUUGCGGUACCGCGGAAUGACGGAUGCGUUCGUGAAAAUUUCCCGCCAAGAAGGUGUGAAGGCUCUUUACUCCGGUAUAUGGCCCGCAGUAUUGCGGCAGGCAACAUACGGCACCAUCAAGUUCGGCACGUACUACACACUCAAGAAGGUGGCGACCGAUCGGGGCCUGCUGCACGAUAAGGCCGGCAACGAGAGCCUCUGGUGCAAUGCCGCCUGUGCCACGAUGGCCGGUGCCAUUUCGAGUGCGAUAGCGAACCCGACCGACGUACUGAAGGUGCGGAUGCAGGUCCACGGACGGGGCGCGAGUGACGUAGGGCUAUUACGAUGCUUCCGCGAAAUUUACGUGCACGAAGGUGUAAGGGGGCUGUGGCGGGGCGUAGGUCCAACGGCACAGCGUGCUGCGGUGAUAGCGGCCGUUGAGCUACCGGUGUACGAUUUCUGCAAGCUGCAUCUGAUGGAAACGUUCGGUGAUCAGGUUGCAAAUCAUUUCAUAUCUAGUUUUAUAGCGAGCUUAGGAAGUGCGAUUGCUUCAACUCCAAUCGAUGUGAUAAGGACUCGUCUCAUGAAUCAACGGCGAGUGCACCAGUUUCAACAUAGCAUGACUCCGGCGGCAACCACCACCUCCAGCACCACUACAGCCGCAAACCCUGCACCUCGGCUAUAUUACACCGGUAGUCUCGACUGUGCGGUACAAACGGUUCGAAAUGAAGGCUUCCGGGCACUGUACAAAGGUUUCAUCCCGACCUGGGUGCGUAUGGGCCCGUGGAACAUUAUCUUCUUCAUCACCUACGAACAGCUGAAGCAGUUCUACUGAA